CUUCGGCCAGGAGACCCGGUCGGCCACGCUCGGAUCUUCCUUUCCGAUCCGCCAUCGUGGGUGGAACCGCCGCCACGAUGCAGAUCUUUGUGAAGACCCUUACGGGGAAAACCAUCACGCUCGAGGUUGAACCCUCGGACACUAUAGAAAAUGUAAAGGCCAAGAUCCAGGAUAAGGAAGGAAUUCCUCCUGAUCAGCAGAGACUAAUCUUUGCUGGUAAGCAGCUGGAAGAUGGCCGGACUUUGUCUGACUACAACAUUCAAAAGGAGUCCACCCUUCAUCUGGUGUUGAGACUUCGGGGUGGUGCUAAGAAAAGGAAGAAGAAGUCGUACACCACCCCCAAGAAGAACAAGCAUAAGAGGAAGAAGGUUAAGUUGGCUGUGCUGAAAUACUAUAAGGUGGAUGAAAAUGGCAAAAUUAGCCGACUUCGUCGAGAGUGUCCUUCUGAUGAAUGUGGUGCUGGAGUUUUCAUGGGAAGCCACUUUGACAGGCACUACUGUGGCAAGUGUUGUCUGACUUACUGCUUCAACAAACCAGAAGACAAGUAGUUGUGUAUGUGCUAAUAAAAAGAAGGAACUCAUA